GUUGCCGCUGUAGCACCUCACAUAUUGUGAAUUGAACAGCGGGAUAUAUGGAAAAAUAACACUUAUUGGUACAGAAGAAACUAAUUCAAACCUUACCCACAAGAGUCAAACCACCCAAAAGAUGGAAGACAAGCUGAAUGGAUUCCCUGUUGUGUCCCCGGAGUAUCUUCAACAGUGGGUUCAGUCUGCACAGCAGUUUCAAGCUCUCCAGGCCCAAUACGCAGGCUUCAACCAUCAGUCUCACUACCCAGAGGGGCAGACAGGAGAGACAGCCAUGGCACACAUGGCUAAUCCAGAACCCAUGAUGGAUCAGCAGGAACCUGCAGACCUGGCAAAACCCCCACCAAAAAAGAGAGGCAGACCAGCUCAACCCAAGGCACCUAAGGAACCUAAACCACCAAAAGUCCCCAAGGCACCAAAGCCACCUAAGGACCCAAAUGCACCUAAAGCCAAACCUGGUCCCAAGCCCAAAAAGGCUGCUGAGGCUCAGGCAGAUGGCAAGCAAGAGAAGAUUGACGAGAGCUUCAAAAAGGUGAAGAGGAAAAUUGACCGCUUCAAGGGAAUGUCAGAGGAGGAAGUCAUGAAAAAGACUCUACCAGACCUGCUGGAUUACAACCUGGACUAUGUUAUUAUUGGCAUCAAUCCAGGACUUAUGGCAGCUUUCAUUGGACGGUGGUUUCCAGGUCCUGGAAAUCAUUUCUGGAAGUGCCUGUUUCUGUCUGGAUUUACUGAGGAGCAGCUCAACCACAUGCAUGACACCACCCUGCCUGUCAAGUACAAAAUGGGCUUCACCAACAUGGUGGCUAGAGCAACACCAGGGAGCAAAGACCUUUCAAGUAAAGAGUUACGUGAAGGUGGCAAAAUUCUUGUAGAGAAGCUGAAGAAAUUCAAACCUCUUAUUGCUGUUUUUAAUGGAAAAUGCAUCUAUGAAAUGUUCUGCAGAGAGAUAUUUGGGAAAAAACCGAAGACACUUGAAUUUGGAUUGCAGCCACACAAGAUCCCCGACUGUGACGUGGCUCUGUAUCUUAUGCCUUCAUCCAGCGCUCGGUGUGCACAGUUCCCUCGUGCUCAGGACAAAGUCCACUUCUACAUCAAACUGAGGGAGCUCAGAGAUCAGCUGAAGGGGGUCCAAAGACAAACCGAGAUCGAGGAGGUUAACUACUCAUUUGACCUACAUUUGGCCAAGGAGGAUGCCAAGAGGAUGGCGAUAAAGGAGGAGCAGUACGAUCCUGGUUAUGAAGAUGCCUACGGUGGAGCGUACACAGAGAGAGGACCUGAAGAGGGUCAAGCUCAAAGCCAGACCAACGGUCACUGUACAUUUGCAACCACAGAAAACACAGAAGGAGCACAGGAGGCGACCACGUCACAGAUACCAGAGGGCCAGCUCCCAGACGGACAGUGGAUGACCCAGUCCUUUGCAGAUCAGAUCCCAGACAUCACCGGUGGACCAAAGGACGGCAGCGUAUAAGGAAAAAGACUUAUUUUGUCAGGUUUUAGAUCAUUUUAAUAGUGUCCGAGUGGAAAUACACAGAUAGAUGGACUUUUUUGUUAGAUGUUUUGCAGAACAUUCUUCUGCAUUUUUUAUUUUGUUUGUGGUCUUGUAUACAUGUACGAUCAUCUUCACGGCAGUCUUUUUAUAUAUGUGAAAUCAGGGACUUGACAAUGAUGCUGGACUGUCCUUGGAGAAGGUUAUGUAUUUAAACAUUUGUUUUUGCCUUUGUACUGUACUGUACCUUACUGCACUGUGAUGCAGUAUGUGAAAACGUUCAAUUUCUACUGUUUGGACAGUAGAUAAAACUUCAGAUGGUUAUUUUUUAAGCUUGAUUAAUCGGCGUGAAGCCUAUAUUAUCCUCUAUGUGAAUUGAGGAGUUAGCUAGCAUUAAUGUUUUACAUUCAUGGUGCUAUGAACUGACCACAAUGCAAAAAGAUCACUGAUGAAACCAGACUCUGAUGUUUGUUAGAGAUUCCACACAGGGAAUUCUUCACAAGCCUUUCAAUAUGUUACGAACCUCAAACCAGGUUAUAUUUUAAUCUUUUUAUCAUGACUUUUUUGCUUUAGUGAUUUUAGAAUUCUUUUUUGUAUGUUUAUGAAAAUGUCAUUCACAAGGAAUUUUAUGAAACAUUUGUCCAUUAAAAUCUCCUGAUUAUGCUUUUUCUAUA